AUGGCUCGUAAGUGGAAGGAAGAGAAACGCGCUCAGAAGACUGUGGAAGAGACAUGUAAUCUGGAUCAUCCAGUUCCUGAUUGUCUGACCACAAAGAUGGGCAGUGUUACUUCUCUUCCAGAUGCCUCUGCUAUGUCUUGGAAGAAUGAUCAGGCUGUGAUUGCAAACAUCUUCUACUUCCUGAACAUUUACAGCCAUGGCAAGAUGCCAUCCCACUGUGAACAGCGCUUCCUUCCUUGUGAGAUUGGGUGUGUCAAGUACUCCCUGCAGGAUGGCAUAAUGGAUCAUUUCCAUCACUUCAUAGAUCCAGAAGUACCACCACGUGGUUUUCGGUACCACUGCCAGGCUGCUAGUGAUGCCACUCAUAAGAUCCCUAUCUCUGGGUUGAAUCUUUCACGUACUGGUUAUGCAGUCGUCUUACGGGAACUCCUGGAGUUUAUCCAGCCAGGCAGUGGCGGCCGGCCUUGCUUCUACUGCAGGUCUAACGACAGAUUCCAAAUUAGCUGGUGUCUCAAUCGAAUGGCUAGUGUAACAGGCAUUGAGAGCCUUCCAGAGGUUCUUGCUGUAGAAGACCUGGUAAUAGAACUAUACCGGAAGAAAUACCAAAAGGAGCCAUCCAAGACUUGGGUGUCUAGAGAAAUGGAUGUCUUCCUGUGGGAUUUCUCCAGUAAUACCAGGUGCAAGUGGCAUGAAGAAAAUGACAUAGUCUGCUGUGCUCUGGCAUCCUGUAAGAAAAUAGCUUACUGCAUCAGUAAAUCUUUAGCUAAUGUGUAUGGAGUCUCACUGACAGCAGCUCACCUGCCUCCUCAAGACUCUGAUUAUGGUGAAAGCACAAAUACCAAGAUGGUGGUACUGGAUGCUAGACGUUUUCAGAAAGUGGAGGCUGGGGAUUCUGGAUAUGUCAGACAUUUUGCUUCUCCAAGUCAGGAUCAAGAAUUCAUCCCUUCCAAUUGUGAUUCUCCACGUGGUGUGAAGACUUGCCUUUCUGGAACAAGUAUCAUGCGAGGAAGAGGAAUUAUUCGAUUGCUGAGAAGUGCAUCGGAUCUGUCCAAGUCUUUCAGCAAUUGA